CCAGAGAACCUUUUAAAAGAAUUUAAUCGUUUAAGCUCAUCAAAAGAAACGUUUUUUCUUCCGUCGCCCGUUGAGAUUUCUCCCUUCAUUGUUGACCGGAAAUACGAUCGAAAUGAGAUACUUGUCGAUGACGAUCUGCGUCCUCGUAGCAUUCGCGCUGCCGAAAUCUACCUGUGGACAUCCUGCGACUGACAACGGCAGGUUGGUCUUAAAUAUGCUGGAAUCACGUGUUUCAAAGCUAGAAGCUAUCUCAGAACCAAAAGCGAUCUCGACGUUCAUUCCGCAGAAAAAUUUGUCGAUUCCGACUAAAUCACGACAAAGACGCUUGUCGGAUCAAAGACUAGCCGAGCUGGAGACGCUAGUGAGUUUGUCAAAACUUUCUCAAUCGCUUGUUACGACAUCUGGACAUGGACAACCAGAUCCAAGGAUAAUUGGCCGGCGAAGACGUUUCACGAUGAAUCAGACUACAUCGAGUUAAUGUACCUAUUAAAGCGAGACAUAUCGGGAAUCGCGUGUGUUCUCUAAUUAGGUAAAUAUUUUAUUCUAUUAUUACGGAUUACACACACAAGAACUUCGCUCGCAGAUCGCGAAUUUUUUUUGUAUAAUCUGUGUUAAUAAGACGUCUUCUGUGGAAGAUUGCGAAAAAUGAGAGACAUGGUGACGAAGAUCACGUCUUUUUGCGGUAUUAGCGACGCGCUAUUUUGCGUACGUAAAUCAUGGCUUAUGAUAAUUGCAUGUAUCGUAAAUUCGAAAGAGUCAUUAGUGUUAACAUAAGUCUAUACUCCGAGAAUAACGCAAGGCUAUCGCUGUCACUGUAUCAGUGACAAGUCAUCGCAACGGUCGUCCGAUUCACGACGGCACGGCGCGGCGGCGCUCGUGCCGUUCCUUAUCACCGCGCACGCGACAUUUCGCAAUUAUUUCUAUUUGUACUAAAAAAAUAAUGAGCUCCGCUGAUUACGUUCUAAGAUAGAGGAGAGAGAAAGAUUAGAAUUUUUAUAUUUUACAUUAAUAAUUUUAGGAAUGUGUCUAAUCGUGAAAGCAUAAUGCCUAUCAUUUAAUGAAU